CAACAACAGGAAGUAGGCGUGUUAGGAGCAACGUGGGGAGGAUUUGGAUCCAAACGGGAGAACACGGGAUGUUUUACUGCAGCAGUGGCGGUUCCGAUCCACUCAGCAUGUCUAAAAGCGACUUCCUGAGAGGAUUCAUCACCGAGAAGCUGAGCGCCGCCGCCCGGGAGAUCCUAUCGGCGGUGGAGCGGACCGUAGCCGGGUAUGAGGAGGAGGCGUCGGGCUUCAGACGGGAGAUCGACCGCCAGAGGAGGCAGCUGGAGCUGCUGCAGCCGCAGGUCAAGCUGCACAGAGGAGAUGUGGAGGCAGCUGAGAGGCACAAACUGACUGGGAACCAGUUUGAUGAUGAUGAAGAGGAGGAGGAGGAGGAAGAUCCAGUAGCAAUCUCUAAACUGAUCCAAGAAGACCUGAAGGACCCAGAUUAUGAAAUGCCACCAAGGUCUGGUUUCUCCAGAGUCCAGACCGCCAGAAGGAGGAAAAGAACCGGCCAGACUCGGGUCAGUGACUCUCAGAACCAGCAGAAGAAAACUCAGGUAAAGAUCGAGGUUGGUCAACAUCUCCCCUCCGAGUCUGCAGCUACCGACCCGGUGGUUCUGAAGAGCGAUGAAACCGGGUUCCAUACGAGCUUUGUUGGCGCCGUCAACGGGUCCAUCGGCUCAGCGGACCAACACCAGGAGCAGGAAGCCGAUCAGAGCAACACGGUCGCCAUGGAAACCCAGGUCUGCUGGAACCAAGUGGUGAAGGUGGAGGUGAAGCAGGAAGAAGGUUCUGUGGCUCAGCUCACGUUGGAUCCAGAUCCGACCGACGACGACAAAUAUGGACUCCAAACCAGCUCUCCUGCAGGUGAGUCGGAUCCUGGAGGAGACGCUCUGUCCGUCAGCUCUACGUCCGAACUCGACGACCUGGAAUCGGACGAUGACUCCAGCGACUCCAGCAGUGACACGGACGAGUCUUUAGACGAAUCUGUCGACAAUAAUCAGGACGUUGAGCCAAAGACACGGAGGAAAACGGACAAGCUGACGUGCAGAGUGUGUGGGAGUUGGUACAGGCAGCUGGGGAGUCUGAUCAGCCACAUCUGGAAUCACGUCAACGAGCCUCACGGCGUCUGCGGCGUCUGUGGAGAGAAGUUUGAGUCCGUGGAUGCGUUAAAGCAACACCUCCCAAGUCACAAAAAGGGCUACAGCUGCUGGGUUUGUGGGAAGUACCUGCUCUCCAGCGUCACCCUCAACCGCCACAUCGCCAAUCAUGUGACCGACGCUCCGAUUAAUCAGGUGGCGGAGACUCGGAUUAAAUGCAACUUUUGCAGCAAGACCUUCUCCACCAUGUCAGCCUUGAACGGCCACAGCCGGGUCCACUUGGAGAAACGACCCGCCAGCUGCCAUCUUUGUCCAAAAUUGUUUGAUCUGAAGUCGGAUCUUGUAGAUCACAGAAAGCGCCACGGCGACGCCUCGACGGGAAGCCUGGGCUACUCCUGCAAACUCUGUGGGAAGACCUUCGCACUGGAAUCCUCCCUGAAGACACACGAGAAAACCCAUGCAGCGACUGACUGCCCGUUCACCUGCCAAAUCUGCCACAAGACUUUCCAAACGUACCAGAACCUGAUGAACCACAGGAAGACUCACGGCACUGUCGGCUCGUUUGUUUGCAGCCUGUGCAACAUGAGCUUCCUGUCCGAAGACGCGCUGAAGGUCCACAUGAUCGUCCACUCCAACCAGGCGGCGUACAAGUGCUCACAGUGCGGGCGCUGCUUCAAACGGUUGGCCUACCUGGUCAACCACAUCAAGACGCAUUCAGCCGUCCAGCAGUGUGUCUGUACCAUCUGUGGCCAGGUGAGUAACGGACAGGAAGCCCUGGAGGACCACAUGAGGAUCCACACCGGGGAGAUCCCCGUAGAACAGAACCUGCACCUAGAUCCGUGGUAUGAAAACACGCCGGAGGAACCGCAGGGGAGUUCACUGAUGUCUGGAGGACAAGAGAGCCACAGUGUCCUUUAAAACCAUCAUCCUGCAGACUCUGCGGGAAAACUUUCACACUGGAAACGUCGCUGAGAAGAUCUGUGAUAUGAAAAGAUGUCAGAGAAACCACAGGGAUGUUCUCUGAUGUCUGGAGGACAACAGAGCCACUGGAGGAUGAACCUUUCCACUCCUGACAACCUGAACCCUGCAGUCUGGGGUUUGGCAUUGGUCGGUUCAGUUUGGUUCUGUUUUUGACCAUUUCUGUUGUAAAAUUGGACAGUAGAACCGACCCUGGACCAUUUCUGCUGUGGUAUAUGGGUUCAGUCCAGUUGUACCAUACUUUUUUGAUGGGCUGUUUUUGAUCCAAAAAGGAAUUUCGAGUCUCUUUUUUAUGAAUAAUCAAAGGGAACAGAAGCCCACGCUAACAGGCGAGCGUUUCAGAUGAUCAGGGUGGAGCCACUGGCCUCCAUUGAUUGGGGGACGUUUUGUCUCCAACCAGUGGAGGAUGUCACUGCUUACUGCUGUUGUAGCCAGACGCCCAAGAAGAGUCCAGUUAGUGGUAGAAAUGUUCUGAUGAACACGUCAGUCCUAGAAGUAUCGUACAGAACCUCACCGACCCGCUUGUUGUAAACGAGUUGUUGCACAACUCUGUCCAGAACGAGAGGAAGGAGUUUUCUCUUUGAUCAGUUCAAGUUCUACCUACAGUGUUUGAUUAUCUUGAUACGCAUGAGAAACGAGCUUUUAUCGAUAAAACCUCUAAAACUGCAUUGUUUAAAUUGUUUUCUAUAUUUUCACUGUUUUCUUGGGAGCAUUGAUACGUUUCAAUAAAUUAGAAAAAUGAUUAA